GUGUGUUAUUUCAUAGUUUGAUGUCUUCAGUGGUUCUACAGUGUAGAAAAGAAGAAAUAAGGAAAGCACUGACUGAGAAGGUGUGUCCAAACUUUGAACUGUACUGUGUGCCAAUAAAGUAACAAUGACUGUUCAAACAGAUAACAGGCCUUCUGUGGUUUGAAGAAAGUCAGCUGAUUUCUGCUACGUCCUGUUUGUAUUCAAUGUCAAAGGAACAGCAACUGUGAUGGACAUACUCACAUUAUAAAUAAGUCUGUCCACUGGUGUUCUGUCUUCAUUCUUGUUCCAGCUCAUCAAAGAACUGUUUAAUUCUUCAGACAUGGGAGGAGGAGGGUCAUUUCUCAGCACAGCAUGGAGGGACAUAGACUGGGGAGACAAUCAGAGAGCUCUGCAGUACGUGAAGGACUACAAACCUGAGAUUGAAGGACAGGAACUCAGGAUUCUUCUUCAUGGACCGGUUGGAGCUGGAAAGUCCAGUUUCAUCAACUCUGUCCAAAGUGUCUUCAACAGCAGAAUUUACAGACAGGCUUUCGCGGACAACAUCUCUCAUGAUUCGUUUACCAAAGACUACAAGACCUACAAGAUUGAAAAAGGACCAAAGGACCAAAAUUCCUUUUACCCUUUUGUCUUCAAUGACAUCAUGGGUUUGGACAAAGACAAAGGUGUCCUCGUGGACGAUGUCAAACUGGCUCUGAGGGGACAUGUGAAGGAUGGUUACAGGUUCAAUCCUGAGUCUAAGUUGUCAGAAGGUGAUCAAUUCUACAACAACAACCCAACUGACAAUGACAAAGUCCAUGUCCUGGUUUGUGUUGUUCCUGCCAACACAGUAUCUCUAAUUACUGAUGAAGUUGUGCAGAAGAUUCGGGAAAUCAGGAAGGAAGCCAGUGACCUGGGAAUUCCUCAACUGGCCGUUAUCACCAAAAUUGAUGAGGUCUGUGCUGAAAUCAAAGAAGAUGUAAAGACUGUCUACAAGCUCAAGGCUGUGAAGGCAAAGAUGGAGGAGCUCAGUGUAAAGGUGGGCAUCCCUAUGAACUGCAUCUUCCCUGUGAAGAACUACCAUGAAGAAAUCGACCUGAACCGUGACAUUGACUCACUGAUCCUGAGCUCCCUGAAAAACAUCAUUGACUCUAGAGAAGACUGCCUGAACUACAGAAAGAGUCAGUCUGAAUCUCCAGGUGGAAAUGUUUAAACACAGAAAGGCUACAGUCUGCUAUAAUCUGCAACUUUGAGCUGCAAGAUUUUAAAUACAAUCUUUUGUAUGAUUUCAUCACUUUUUGAAAAUGACUUUAAUAUGAAUGACUUCCAGUUUAGCACUUAAAAAGUCAGUUAAUUUGUUUCUUUAGUGUUUACUGUCGCUGUGGUUUGAUUACAUUAAAAUGACAUGAAAUAUGUGACAUCACAUGCCCACAGUACAGAGAAGAGAUAACUGUAAUGUGUGUGUCUGUAUCUGUCAAAUAAACUUGAUUUAAGAUUUGAUUGUUUCUUGGAGCAUUUUUACUGAAUGCUGCACAUUUGAAUUCUUUUUGUAAUCUGCUCAUACUUUCUAGAUUCAUGUUUUCUUUCAAUGCAGUAUAUUGAGCUCUCAGGGCCACCAUAUUUAAGCAUCCGCUGGUAAGCAGCUCUGAUGGUGAGGCAUUAUAAUACUAAUAAUAAUAUAACAAUGAGAUAUCUGCUUGAAACUGCUGGACCUCGUCCAACUUGCUCUGACUUCCAACACGUCAAAAACAGACGCUUGGUCAGCGGUCACCAUUUGUUACCUUUUAUUUCUGCUCUGUUUUUGUGUUUGUGUUCUCAUUCAUUAGUUGAUAUUUAGGAAUUUAUGCUAAAACCCCAUAUGUAUGACCACAAAAUCCUGUGGUUGAUUUGCUUUACAUUCACACUAUAGACAGCACCAGAGUCCAUUUGGAACCAGACUAAGACCUUCUUCUUUAGGCGCUCCAGGCCUGGUUGUAUGCUCUGUACCUGAGUUAAACUGACAGCCUGAACAAACCAAACUAAAUGAAAGAAAAAUCCAACAUUAAUGAGAACACAUAAAGAGAUCUGAACAUUUCUCAAGACUUUAACUUACAGAGAACUAGAAACAGUUUCAGGUGUUUAAAAGAGCAACAUGUAACACUGUGACACUGACAUCUAGUGGUAAAAAUGGGCAGUGCAGGUUUCAUGAACCAGCUUCUACGUCUGAGUCUGGAUUUCAAAAUAGUGACACCAAGAGGUUUCCUCUGGUUUGUGUCCAUUUGUUUGUAGAGAGAGACUAGUCAGGUCAUUAGAAAGCCAGUGACUCGGACAUAAAAACACCCGAGCAGAAUUCUAGAGAACAGAAACAUCCCACACAGCAUUAAUGUGGCUGUCAUGUUUUUCUAUUCAUUUAGAGCUAAGAGUCGCCUCGACCUGGUCAGUCCUCCCUACAGACUCUUUGGCAGUAAGAGUCUCGCUGUUUACUCAUGAUGAUUAUGUGGCAUUAGUAAAAAUGAAUGAAUGAAAAAACUUUUAUGAAGAUAAAAAACAACCAAUGAAUCCAACACGUUGGCACACUCCCAUCACUUCCCAUGAUGCAUUGUGGGUCAGCAUCCAUGAAUUAAAAACACAGGGUGGAUUAUGUCGAGAUAUUUUUGAUUUACAAGAAAAGAAUCACAGAUGUAUAUUUCUGACUGUUGAUGUCUUCAAUUAAAUGAUCUAAAAUACAAAGUUCAUGACUUUAUUUCCUGUGCUUUGAUAAACUGUGAAUGAUUUGAAAUAUAUUCAAAGAAUGAUGAAUGAGCGCUCUGGGUCUUUCUGGUCUCUUAUUUCACAGUGACUUCAUGCUGCUGUUUUCAUAUUUCACUGUAUUAACUUUGCAAUGCAAAGACAGAAACUCCCUGAAGGCACGUUGGAAGAGUAUAAGAAUACAAGUGUCAUAUCCUGACAUUGUCAAUAUUUGGUAUUACCCAAUUGCUGAUUGUUUGAUUGACUGAUCAGUGUAUUUUGCUUUGUCUAAACUUUGACUGUUUACCACAUAAUUCCACAUGUGUUCAGUGUUAAUCUACAAUGUAGAAAAGAACAAAAAUAAAGACACGAGAAGGUGUGUCCAGACAUUUUAAUGGUAAUAAUAAUCACAAAGGGCUGAUUUAUUGUGUUCCAACUGAAACUACAUUGGGUGAAACAUUACAACAUAAGCCUGAUAUAUUAUCUCUGUAAACUUUUGGGUUUCAACAAU